AAGUCCCUGCUCCACUUCCGCAUAUACGGGGUGUCUAAGGGGCUCUUCCACGGGUUGAACUUCCUUUCGCUCCGACAUCUUGACGAGGAAACAUGCCUCCCAAGCAGGAUAAGAAGAAGGACGCUGGGAAGUCCAAAAAGGACAAGGACCCAGUUAACAAGUCCGGAGGCAAGGCCAAGAAGAAGAAGUGGUCUAAGGGAAAAGUGAGGGACAAGCUCAACAACCUGGUCCUCUUCGACAAGGCUACCUACGAAAAGUUGUACAAAGAGGUGCCCAACUACAAGCUCAUCACCCCCGCUGUUGUGUCUGAAAGGCUGAAGAUCCGUGGCUCCCUAGCCAGGAACGCCCUCCAGGAGCUGCUCGCCAAAGGCAUGAUCAAACUGGUGUCCAAACACAGAGCACAGCUGAUCUACACACGUAACACCAAGGGUGCAGAUGAGGAGGAAGCAGCCGCCGCAGCAGCAGCAGAGAAAGGAGAGAAGGGAGAGAAGAAGGCAUAAUCAGGUUCUCCUGUGUUUCCUGUGAUGAGCUGUUUGUAAUAAAAGGUGAAUAAAAACAAAAGUCAAGACAAAA